ACCGGAAGCAGGAAAUGUAGUCACGUCAACGUGCGAAAUUCAAACUUCUGUAACAAAACAUCGGUCUGCCGGACUCGGGCUUUACCGUGUGGUUAACUGACGCUGCCGUCUUCCUCUGUUUUCGUUCAGGAAAGUUUACCAUCUUGCGCCGGAGCAGGGAAGAUGCCAAUAGAAAGGACGGAGCAUCGCGGAGCGGACGAGCUCCAAAGAUAUUAUGAGGUUUAUGAGACUAUCGGCUCAGGAGGUUUCGCUAAAGUCAAGCUGGGUCGACACAUCUUGACAGGAGAGAAGGUUGCCAUUAAAAUCAUGAAUAAAAAGGAUCUUGGGGAUGACCUACCCCGUGUGAAGGUGGAGAUCGAAGCCAUGAAGAACCUGAGUCACCAACAUAUCUGUCGACUGUAUCAGGUCAUAGAGACCUCCACCCAGAUAUUUAUGGUGUUGGAGUACUGCCCUGGUGGGGAGCUCUUUGACUACAUCAUAGCUAAGGACCGCCUGUCUGAGGAGGAAACCCGGGUCUUUUUUAGGCAAAUUGUGUCAGCAAUGGCCUAUGUCCACAGCCAAGGAUACGCACACAGAGACCUAAAACCGGAAAACUUAUUGAUUGAUGGAGACCACAACUUGAAGCUUAUAGACUUUGGCUUGUGUGCCAAACCUAAGGGAGGGUUGGGCUAUGAGCUGAUGACCUGCUGUGGGAGCCCUGCUUACGCUGCUCCUGAACUUAUCCAGGGAAAAGCGUAUAUUGGAUCAGAGGCUGAUGUAUGGAGUAUGGGAGUACUGCUGUUCGCUCUGCUCUGUGGACACCUGCCCUUUGAUGAUGACAACUGCAUGAUCCUCUACAGGAAGAUUACAAGGGGUACAUAUGAUAACCCAAAGUGGCUCUCUCCAGGUAGUAUCCUCCUCCUCAACCAAAUGUUACAGGUGGACCCAAAGCGGCGUCUGACUGUCAGACAGCUGCUGGACCAUCCCUGGGUGAUGAAAGACUACAACAGCCCUGUGGAGUGGUACAGCAGGCAGCCGCUUGGCUACAUGGAUGAAGACUGUAUCACUGAGAUGGCAGUAAACAUGAAGCGAUCAAGACAGAGCACCACAGCGCUGGUGAAGGAGUGGCGAUAUGACCACAUCACAGCCACCUACCUGCUGCUGCUGUCUAAGAAGCAGAGGGGAAAGCCUGUCCGCCUGCGCCCUGAGCCAGCUGUCUGUGAGGACUCGUGCUCGCCUCUGCAUCAGGGACUACAGACCAGAAAAGCUCUGCACUUCAGUGAGGAUGAAGACGCUUUGAUUGUGGAUUCCUUGGACAUUUGCUCAGACUACAUCGAUGAUUGCCCCUGGGUUUCAGUUCCACAGCACACACCCCAGAGGGUCAGAGGUCAGCCAGAUGGAAUCAUAAAAAAAGACACGAGGCUGGUAUCGCCAUCAGUGGAAAAAGGACAUCCUUCAAGCCCGACCCCAGAGAGAGCGCGAAAAGCGACACCUCGCUACCAUAGAGAGAGGAACCGAGAACAGGCCAGCGAGAACAAGGAGAAUAAUGAUGUCCAAGACAGAGACGUUGACAUUUUUGCCUUGCCUCCACCUCGAACGCCUGUAUCCAGUAAGAGGAAUGCACGCCUCAAUAAGAAUGUGUUGACCACACCCAAUCAAAAUGCUAAUAUCAACAGCCCCAAACCCAGUGUGGCCACACCUAAAGGUGGAGACGGCUCAUCCAAAGAGCACAAGAAGAGAGCAGUAGAGAACAAGGAUCCUGCAAAUGCAGAAAUCAUAGCCUUCAGCCCAGAGCGGAGGUCCAGGUCACUGGACUUGGCUGUCACAGGAGACAGUGGGAAGAAGAAACGAGGGGGAAAGAUGUUUGGUUCCCUGGAGAGAGGUCUGGAUAAGGUGAUAACCAUGCUCACGCCAAACAAGCGACGAGCUCUGCGGGAUGGUCCACGUAAGAUUAAGGCACAGUACAACGUGACUCUGACCAGUCAGACCAAUCCAGACCAGGUGCUUAACCAGAUCCUCUCCAUCCUGCGGGAGAAAAACAUCGACUUCACACAGAAAGGGUAUACUCUGAAAUGUCAAACCUGGGGUGACUUCGGGAAGGUGACGAUGGCGUUUGAACUGGAGGUGUGCUUGCUGCAAAGGCCCGAAGUUGUCGGGGUCCGCCGCCAGAGGCUGAAGGGAGACGCUUGGGUAUACAAGCAUCUGGUGGAGGACAUUCUCUCCACAUCCAGUAUUUGAAGGGAAAAAAGCACUUUUUUACCAGUAUCUACUAGUCCUAAGUGAAUUCGCACUGGCUUUCUUUGCUGAAGAAAUACCACUGACUAACCAAUGAGUGAUGCAGAUACAUGGACAAUGAUCAGUCCUUCAUUGUUUGGAAUAUUGUCCGUAGGCUAGUCCAGAAUUCCCAAAAUACAUGUUACAUUAAAUUUAUGAGCAUCACGUCUCAGGAUCCUGUCUGUACAGUGCGUCUUGUUUUAUGUAGAACAUUUUUUAAUUUCCAUUUUCAUAAUGAGUAAGCUUUAUGUAAUUGAUGUAAAGUGAGUUGAGGUGUGUGUCUGAAAUGAAACGGGACUUCUUACACUAUACCUUCCAGCUUCUUAUUAACAUAUUUAUGUCUUCUUGUUGUUGUUCUCCCCUGUAGAUGCAAAAUUUUUAUGAAUAGGAUGAAGUGUAAAGAAUGACUAAUUCUCUGUACACAUGUUUACAGCUUUCAUCAUGUUUUUAUGUGGUUAUAUUAAAUGUCCUUUUUUCUGUCUCGGUUUCUGUAUCACAUGGUGUCUGUAUGUUUUUUCUGAAAAUGCAAAAGCAGCAAAAAUAAAUGAUUUUUGCAUUCAUGAAGACAGAUGAUUGAGAUGAAUUUAGCUACUUUCUUAACUUCAAAUGUUGUUUGUUCAUUCAGCAGUUGAUGGAGCAGUGGUGUGUUUUACACUCUUGUCAUCAGCCUUCUGUUCGUCCUCUAGGCUUCACUUCACUUUGGUAGAAAG